CUCCCUUCUCAGCUGACAAAAAUCAAACAAAGCGUUUAGAGAGAGAGAAAAGUGAAGCGUUUCGACCAAACAAGAUGAAUUAAUGGAAUAAAACACAUGGAAUUAGGUUUCUAAAUGUUGUAUGACCAUCCAUCAUCACUUUCAUCUUUGAAAAGGUUCUGGAAAUGUUGUAUCUGUUUGCCGAGGAGUGAACAGGUGUUACAGGAGCGGAACUUUUUUCUCAGGAAGAUGAGCUAACACGGCUAAACUCUUCGCAAGUAACACAAGAGCUGACCCAAGUAAAGGGACUGGAGAUCUCUCACACAUACACACACCAAUUACACACCCGAUUGAUACCACAAUGGCAGCUUUUAGUGAGACCCGUGAUUUAAAGGCGAGUUGGGCAUCCAGGCUCAGAGGAAAGGACCCGAAAAGCAAGUCCAAUGUCGGUGGAUGUCCUGAGGAGCAGGGUGACAGUAGCACUGUACUGGAGAAGAGUCAUGAAUUCUUUCAGAUCUGUGACACCGAGGACAAGGGCUUCGUUACUCGACGGGACAUGCAGAGGCUGCUUCAAGAGUUGCCUUUGAGUGCUGAGGAGCUCGAAAAUGUGUUUGAUACGUUGGAUGCAGACGGAAACGGAUUCCUUACCCCUGAGGAGUUCUCCUCUGGCUUUAGUGAGUUUAUAUUUGGCCCUACAGCAUCAGCAGCAACUCCAAAGCCUGCUCCAGGUCAUGUCUCACAGCCAAUUUCUUCUGAUACGCUCUACCAGAGUCAGUGGGAGGAUAAGCUCAACGUGAACGAGGAUGAUGAGGAGAAACACUUCUGUAUUCUAAUGGAGAACCUGGGAGCCAACAACGUCUUUGAGGAUCCAGUAGCAGUGCGCAGUCUGUGGGCACAGCUGCGCAGGGAUGAGCCUCAUCUACUGUCUAACUUUGAAGAGUUUCUUGCCAGGGUCACGUACCAAAUUAAAGAAGCUAACCAGGAGAAGAGUGAGAUGGAAACUGCUUUAAAAAGAAAGGCGGCCUCCCACGAUGAUGAAAUUCAGCGUCUCUAUGAAGAAAUGGAGCAACAGAUCAAAAAUGAAAAGGAGAGGAUUCUUUUACAGGAUUCUGAAAAGUUCUUAACUCGCAGUCAAGAUCUUGAGUACCAGCUUUCUAACAAAGAGAGGGAACUUGAACUAAUUUCAAACAAACAGAAACGGUUAGAGCAGCAGUGUCGUGAGCUUCACAGCGAGCAGAGGGAGACCGCAGUGGAGAACGUGAAACUGAAGCAGUAUAACGAGGAGCUGUCUCAGGAGCUGGAGCAAACCGCUCAGGAGCUAAGCUUAGCACAAGAGCAGCUCAAUAUGCUGCAGGACAAAGCUUCUCGCCUACAGGAGGAGCGAGAGCUGGAGAUGUACAGAGUUACUGAGAGUUUGCAAAGAGAGAGAGCAAGUCUACUUAAGCAACUAGAUUUAUUAAGGGAAAUGAACAAACAUUUACGGGAUGAGCAGGAUAUGUCCUAUCAAAAACCAAAGAACUCGACUGUAAAGGCAUCAAGGGCACAGAGACCUGGAUAUCCAGAAAGGAAACAAUCAUUUAAGAGUGAUGAUGACGAGGACAUACUGCCACAUUCUAAGAGGAAGAGUGCAAGAGGUGUAAAGGGACAGGGUUUGGCUUCAGGGCAGGAGGGUCAAGCAGAGCAAUGGCGUUCUCCUACUCACCAUCUACAGAGGAUCAUCUCCAUUGAAGAAGACCACCUCCCCCAGUUCCUGCAAAAGGAGUACCAAGCCGAGCUCAAGAACUGGAAGGAGGAAGACGAAGACCUGGAAGAGGGCAUUGACCUCCAAAUGACCAGCAUCCUUCCUUCUACCAGCACACCAAUCUCGCAGGGUCCUCCACCAGAGAGCAGACACACACAGACCCCCACCUCACCCCGGGGGCAACCUGUGGGCAAGGAGACUGUCCAACCACAGGAGGGAGCGAACUUGGGACCAGACCGUCUGUUUAAGAUUCUUAUGGUGGGAAACUCCAGCGUUGGCAAGACCUCAGUACUGCGCCGUUUCUGUGAAGAUGGGUUCUACCCAGGAACCUCAGCAACUGUCGGAAUUGACUACAGUGUAAAAACACUUACAGUGGACAGCAGUCAGGUAGCGCUGCAGAUGUGGGAUACAGCUGGGCAGGAAAGGUAUCGCAGCAUCACUAAGCAGUUUUUCCGCAAGGCAGACGGUGUAGUGGUCAUGUAUGACAUCACUUGUGAGCAGACUUUUACAGCAGUGAGAUCAUGGCUGACCAGCGUACAGGAAGGAGCAGGAGAUAACAUUCCUAUUAUGUUGCUGGGAAAUAAGACAGAUCUGGAGGACCAGAGAGAGAUUCAGUCCCGAGUAGGAGAAAAAUUGGCUAAGGAGUCUCGACUGAUUUUCUUCGAGUGCAGUGCUUUAUCUGGCCACAAUGUGACCAACUCUAUGGUGCACUUGGCAAGGAUUCUAAAAGAACAAGAGGACAGGGAGAAAGAGAAAACUAUUUCUCUGGCUGAUGCCUCUUCAAAGAAGAAGUCCUGCUGCUAGCAGAAAGAUCCUAAAACACACACACCACCUGUAGUGCCUGAGUUGUAGCUCGUUCCCUUCCAUGUCCCUGGUUUUAACAGAACAGUAUGUUUUACACCGUUCUGUCACACUCUACACCUGGGUUUUAACAUCAUAAAACACUUUUAGAUAUAUGUGAUUGUUUUUAACUUCUUGACACCACAGUAAAUGAGCAGUGUUAUGAUGAGGGUGAUGAUUUGCACUAUAGGUUUUUUUUUUUUUGGUAGAUCAACUGUACAUAUAAAAAACAAAAAAGGCUCUUUAUACCAAAAGCCAAAAUAAGCCUUGUUAUGAUAUUUACACCAGCAUAUAAUAACUAGUAAAAAACAUAGAUGAAGGAAAUCUCAUAGUAGUCUCAUACUUUUUGUUGUUUACAGUACAAGCGUUUACAUUUCUUAAUUUAAAGUGCCAAAAUGGUGCUUAUUUCACGAUGAAACAUGAAAUAACUUGCUUUC